AUGUCUGCAGCUAAUCUGCGUGCAUUCAUGUAUGGUCUGUCGGUGUGCCGGGAUUCUUCCUUGGUUCCUCAGUUGGCUCAAUCAGUGAAGAUACAAGAUUUCAAGCCACGAAGUGGAGUUCGCAUCGCUGAGACAGAGGCUGCUGCUGAGGCUAUGCUAAGACAGGCCUCUAGCGGAGGUACAAAUGCAGACAUUGCCAAGCUAGAUGUCCUCCGAAAGCUGCUUCCUUCAACAGGUGGGUUACAUUUGGCACAAUUUAAAGUAAAAUGCAUUCCGCCCUAA